UAAUUUGUAAACUACUAAUUACAAAGUAUGUCCUCGUAAUAAUUUUAUCAUGUUAAUCCGAUAGCUUAAUAUUAGAGGUGUUAAAAACAAUCCAAUUAGACUUAAUCUAAUCUUAUUCAAAAUUGAUGUGUAUGAGCACAAUAAUUUAGCACGACUUAAAUCUGAACUAGAUUUGAUCUGACUCACCGACUGAAUCCAAAUAAAAAAAAACACGAAAACAUUUGUUGUGUCAGCAUAUGUUACAUCUUACAUGGUACUCCAUUAUUUAUUAGUUACUCCGUAUAACUAUAUUAGCUAUUUAUUACAGAAAAUUAACACAUACACACAAUUUUGUUAAUGUAUUAUGUAUUUAUGUUUCCAAAUUUUCCUAAUUAAAAUUUAGAAAAGACAUUUUCAACUACCCCACUACCUUGUCUACCUAAAUUCAAACUUAGAAUUUUCACAAAAACGAGUACAUUCAUACUUGAACUAGCAUACGCAGCAUAUCUUAUACGAGUAGUUUGAUUAUUUUCUUACUUGUAUUUUGUUUUGGUUGGCCAUUUGUCAUAUAAGAAGCUUCCUCUCGUUUAUCAGCGGUUGAUGACGGCAAGUCGGUCAAAGGUUGCCCAAUUCAAAGCAAGAAGUCAAAACCAAAAAACUAAGAGUAUUAUUGACAAAUCGCAUAAAUUUACAAACCCGUCUAGUUCAAGUGGAAGUCCCAAUUUAUCUCCUUCAUAUCGAUUAACAAAUGACAUUUUUGUAAAAUAAAUAAAUAAACAAAUGACAAAAUUGUGAAUAGAUUAACAUAGUAUUUUUGUAAAUAAGCCGUUCAACAAUUAUGAAACCCAUAUUUAAUGGAAAAUUAUUGAUUUAUUUACAAAUUUUCCCGGCUAAUAAACUAACAAAUGUGUAUGUAUAAUUAAUCGAGUAGAUAAACUUGUAUUUUCUCUCUAAUCCAAAUAAGCUUUCUUACACCAAUCGACCAAAGUUUAGCAAAAAUUUCUAUAAUACAGGUGUAUACAAUAUAUGUUUUUCACUCAAAAAACGAGUAAAUAAUUAUUGGAAAGAAUAAUACGUACUCUUCUACCUUUAUUAAAUUCCUAUGUGUGGCAUUUAUUACUCACAUAAUAGAGAGAAAUAGAAAUCUAAUUAAGGGACGGAAAGAGUAAUAGAAGAAACUUUUAUGUGAUUUGACGUGAUUGUGGAUGUUAGAGGAUAUAUGGUGACAUGGAGGGCAAAUGUAUUAAAUAUCAUUGGUGGUCUAGAUGCAACUCAUGAGUCAUGAAUCUUACCCUUCAACUUUUAGAAUCUAUAAAUGGUUAAAUACCCACAAGAUUCAAAUUGAACAAAAACUAAGGAAUCAAACCAAAUCAAUUUUGCCCAACAAAUUUUCUCUCUCUUAAUAAUUUUUUUUAUUUCCCUAAAAAUGAAAACUUUCAAAACAAUAAAAAAACAUCAUAAACAUUUCAAUAAUCCUUUUCCUUCACCCCCAAAAUCUCUCCCUCUCAUUCAAGGUACCCUUUCUUUCAAUCCUCUUUCACUUCCUUCUCACCAUUUUUACUCCAUUGGAACCCAUUUCCAAGCCUUUUGGACCUCCAAAAAUGGCGGGAAUCUUUCAAUUUCUCAUCUUUCUAAAUCUAAAACAUCAAUUUGGUCUACAAUUCCUGGAAAAUCCUUUGUUUCUGCUGCAAUGGCUGAAACAGAGGUUGAAGAAAGCAGGGGAUCAUUCGCGAUAAGCGACAGCAAAAUCAAUUUAGUUUGUAAACACCAGUAUAUUGAAGAGAUUAAAGAGAUCAAUUUUGAUUUAGAUGGGAAUUUUGAGGUUAAUGAUCAAGAUCAUUCAUCUGGGUUCAUUGGAUUUGAUCUUAAACAAGAUUUAAAAGGGGCUAAAUCCCCUGUUUUACUAAUAACAGGGAGGGUUUAUAACAAGAACAAGAAAAUUAAAAUUGGAAAAUUUUCUUGUUAUGCUAAAUAUUGGGUUAUUUUUUAUCAGAAAAAUGACCAUCAAAUUGGGUUCCAAGUGAAGAUUGAUAAACCAAAUUAUGAAGUUACUCAUCUAAAAUCAAAGGGUGUCAAUAAGAAAUUGGGUCGAAUUCGGAGGCGAAAAUUCGGGUUAAGUUGGUUACCAUUAAGGGCAGCAGUGAUAUCAGUUGAAGAUGAUGAAAGAGAGAAGAAAUGGUUAACAAAAUCAAUUGAGUUUAACAGGAUUUGUAUGACUUAUUCAAGUGAAGAAAAUGAGAGAUUUUUUGGGUUUGGAGAACAAUUUUCACAUAUGGAUUUUAAAGGCAAAAGGGUUCCUAUUUUUGUUCAAGAACAAGGGAUUGGAAGAGGAGAUCAACCCAUUUCUCUAGCAAUCAAUUUGGUUAGUUAUAGGGCAGCUGGUGAUUGGAGUACCACCUAUGCACCCUCUCCUUUCUAUAUGACAUCAAAGAUGAGGUCUCUUUACUUAGAAGGGUACGAUCACACCAUAUUCGACUUAACUAUGCAAGAUAGAGUUCAGAUUCAGGUACAUGGAAACUCGGUUGCAGGAGCAAUAUUGCACGGAAACUCACCUACUGAGAUCAUUGAAACAUUCACUGAAUCUAUAGGAAGACCUCCUGAACUUCCUCAUUGGAUUAUAUCAGGGGCUGUUGUUGGAAUGCAGGGAGGCACCGGGACUGUCCGCAAUACUUGGGACAUUCUUAAGACUUAUGAUGUUCCCAUUUCUUCAUUCUGGCUGCAGGAUUGGGUUGGACAAAGAGAAACACUAGUAGGAUCACAACUAUGGUGGAAUUGGGAAGUAGACACAACGCGGUAUAAAGGAUGGCAGCAACUUGUUAAAGAUCUAAACAAUCAGCACAUCAAAGUCAUGAGUUAUUGCAACCCUUGUUUAGCACCAACUGAUGAGAAGCCAAACAGGAGAAGAAACAUGUUCGAAGAAGCAAAGAAGUUGGACAUACUAGUGAAAGACAAGGAUGGAGAGCCAUACAUGGUUCCUAACACGGCCUUUGAUGUGGGGAUGCUGGAUUUAACGCACCCAGAAACUGCACCAUGGUUCAAAAACAUCCUACAAGAAAUGGUAGAUGACGGAGUUAGGGGUUGGAUGGCUGAUUUUGGUGAAGGCCUCCCUGUUGAUGCAACCCUCUAUUCAGGUGAAGAUCCUAUAGCUGCUCACAACAGAUAUCCAGAGUUAUGGGCUCAGAUAAACAGGGAGUUUGUCGACGAGUGGAAAUCAAGUUGUUCAGGCAAGCAAAAGGAAGACCCUGAAGAGGCAUUGGUGUUCUUCAUGAGGGCCGGUUUCAGAGAUAGUCCGAAAUGGGCAAUGCUGUUCUGGGAGGGAGAUCAAAUGGUCAGUUGGCAAGCAAAUGAUGGGAUUAAAAGUGCUGUUGUCGGUCUGCUUAGCAGUGGAAUUUCUGGUUAUGCUCUUAACCACAGUGAUAUUGGAGGGUAUUGUGCAGUAAACUUACCUCUAAUCAAGUAUCAUAGAAGCGAGGAACUGCUGUUCAGAUGGAUGGAGUUUAGUGCUUUCACAACAGUAUUCCGGACUCAUGAGGGAAACAAACCAUCCUGCAACUCUCAAUUCUACUCCAAUCACAAAACAUUAUCACAUUUCGCCCGCCUUGCAAAGGUGUACAAGGCCUGGAAAUUCUACAGAAUCCAACUUGUUAAGGAAGCUUCAGAGAAGGGACUCCCUGUGUGCCGGCACUUAUUUCUGCACUACCCUGAAGAUGAAUACGUGCAGACACUAACAUACCAGCAGUUCCUAGUUGGAUCAGAGAUUCUGGUGGCACCUGUACUAGACAAAGGCAAAAGAGAAGCAAAGGUUUAUUUUCCCUUAGAAAAUAAAGAAAGUUGUUCUUGGAUUCAUAUUUGGACAGGAAAAGUGUACAACUGCUUGGGUACUGAAGCUAAGAUAGAUGCUCCUUUAGGUUAUCCAGCAGUAUUUGUCAAGUCUGGAUCUUUUAUUGCUCAAACUUUCCUUCAAAAUUUGAGGGAUUUAGAUAUUCUAUGAUACUAGUCUUAUAUGUAAAUUUUUUUAUCAACUGUAACAAGUGUAUAAAAAAAGGAAAAUGAUAAACAUAGCCCUUAGGGUUAUAUAUAAGGAGCUAAAGAAGGAAAUAUUAAGGAUAGAUUUACAUUAAUCACACCGAUUUGCGUGUAAUUUUGUCAUGAAUU